GCCAACAUUGGCGAAGUGAAUUAAUUCGCGUGGACAUUUGUGGUGUGCUUUUGGUAGGAAAAUCCACGCGAUGAGUGAGGAAAACGUGAAAAAGUUGGACGAAUUGUGUUUAUCUGAGGGAAAAGAGGCAAAGGCAUGAAAUAUUUCACGCUAUAGACACUUUCAGAGUAGCUAUUUUCAAUGGGUUUAUUGCAAAUUGCUAAGAUAUUCAAUAGAGAAAAAUUUACUCAAUUGCGUCAUCUACGGCAAUUUUCCUCUCUGGCUGGAAAGAUGAAGAAAGACAAGAAAGGCGCCGAUUCCGGGAAGGAGAAGGCCCGUAAGGAGAUGACGCCUCCUCCGGAGUUCAUUCAGCAUCGCCUGAACAUGUGGGAUUCGCUGAAGGCCAAGUACUUGGAGGAAUUGGCGGCAAAGCCAAAGGAUGCGAUUGAAAUUACCCUUCCGGAUGGAAAGAUUGUCAGCGGACAGUCAUGGCAAACCACUCCCUAUGACGUUGCGGUGGGCAUAAGCAAGGGAUUGGCGGACAAUUGUGUGAUCUCGAAGGUGAACGAUGUGCUCUGGGACUUGGAUCGGCCGCUAGAGCAAAAUUGCAAGCUACAGCUACUGAAGUUUGAUGACCCCGAGGCUCAGGCUGUGUUCUGGCACAGCUCAGCGCACAUCCUGGGCGAAGCUAUGGAGAGAAUCUAUGGCGGACACCUGUGCUACGGUCCUCCAAUUGAGAAUGGCUUCUACUACGACAUGUUCAUUGAUGGCGAUGGUGUCUCGAACAGCGAAUACUCUGUGCUGGAAACCCUGGCAAAGCAGAUUGUGAAGGAGAAGCAGCCGUUUGAGCGUCUGGAGAUGAAAAAGGAAGAUCUGCUGAAGAUGUUUGAGUACAAUGAGUUCAAAAUGAGGAUUCUCAAUGAGAAAGUCACCACAGACACUACAACAGUGUAUCGCUGUGGCCCAUUGAUUGAUCUCUGCCGUGGGCCUCAUGUUCGCAACACGGGCAAGAUAAAGGCCAUGAAGGUGACGAAGAACUCUUCGACUUACUGGGAGGGAAACAGUGAGGCGGAGACUUUGCAACGCGUGUACGGGAUAUCGUUUCCCGAUCCCAAGCAACUUAAGGAAUGGGAGAAGAUCCAGGAAGAGGCCGCGAAGAGAGAUCACAGGAAAUUGGGUCGUGAGCAGGAGCUGUUCUUCUUCCACGAGCUUUCGCCCGGAUCGUGCUUCUUUCAGCCACGCGGUGCCCACAUUUACAACACGCUGGUGAGCUUCAUUCGCGGGGAGUACAGAAAGCGGGGCUUUCAGGAGGUGAUCUCGCCCAACAUGUACAACGCAAAGUUGUGGCAAGUCUCGGGACAUUGGCAACACUAUGCCGAGAACAUGUUCUCAUUCGAUGUGGAGAAGGAAAAGUUCGCGCUGAAGCCCAUGAAUUGUCCAGGACAUUGUCUCAUGUUCGACAACCGCAAUCGAUCUUGGAGGGAAUUGCCACUGCGCAUGGCGGAUUUCGGUGUGCUGCAUAGAAACGAACUCUCCGGAGCUCUCACUGGAUUGACUCGAGUGCGGAGAUUCCAGCAAGACGACGCUCACAUCUUCUGUGCUCAUGAGCACAUCAAGGAUGAGAUGACGGGAUGUUUGGAUUUCCUGGACAGCGUGUACAAAGUCUUUGGCUUCUCCUACAAUCUCGUGCUGUCCACCAGACCUGAGAAGUUCUUGGGUGAUCUUGAGAUGUGGAACGAGGCGGAGAAAUCCCUGGAAGAGGCUUUAAAUAAGUUUGGAGCUCCAUGGAAGAUCAAUGCUGGCGAUGGCGCUUUCUAUGGACCCAAGAUCGAUAUUACCAUUCACGACGCCCUCAAGCGACCGUUCCAAUGCGGCACGAUCCAGUUGGACUUCCAGCUUCCAAUUCGAUUCAAUUUGUCGUUUGUGUCAGCUUCAGGAGAGACGAAGCGACCAGUGAUGAUCCAUCGCGCCAUCCUGGGAUCUGUGGAGCGAAUGAUUGCCAUCCUCACGGAGAACUACGCUGGAAAGUGGCCGUUCUGGCUGUCACCACGGCAAGUGAUGGUGGUUCCCGUCGGACCGCCCUUCAACGACUACGCUGACAGCGUCCGGAAGCGACUGUACGAAGUGGGCUUCAUGGCUGAGAGUGAUCUCGACGAUGGUGACACGAUGAACAAGAAGAUUCGCAACGCCCAGCUUGCUCAGUUCAAUUUCAUCUUGGUUGUUGGAGAGAAGGAGAAAUCGUCAAACACUGUGAACAUUCGCACACGAGACAACAAAGUGCACGGAGAAUUGGGCGUUGAGGAGCUCAUUGUGAAGUUAAAAAAGAUUCAGGAUGAGUACAUAAUCGGAGAGGAUAACUUUUAAGUUUCUUACCAAGUUUUCUGGCAAAGUGAGUAGCAUUUUCAACUCAACCGUAUUCUUAUAUUUAUGACAUGUACGAAGAAAUCUUUCAAACUCCUGGCUUUGCUAUACAAUUAUUAAAAUCCACAAUAAACUCACUUUAAAGGCCUU